UCAAGCUUAUUAAAAGGAGGAGAUAAGAGCCAGAACUUCAGAGAUAGGGAAUUGGCUGGAGUAGGAGCCCAGUGGCCAUUGAAACCUAGAGAAAGAGUGAGUCAGAGAGAGACACACACAGACACAGAGACAGAGAGAACCUGGGACAGAUCCCAGGAGAGGGAGAGAGACAAGAGGGAAAGGGGAGAGAUGGAGUGAGAGAGAGACAAUAGGAGAGGCUUGCAUUUAGCUGGGGGAUCUCACGUCAGCACGAGCCCGUCUGCCGACAGGAUGGAGAGAAGCUAGUCAGAAGGAAUGCUGCUGGCAAGAAGGCUCAGACCUUAGGAUUCUGCAGAUGCCCUUGGUGGCCAUCCACACUCAGCCAACCUUCACUGCCAUUGAAAGAGGUGGAGAAGAAAGGCAGAAAAGACAUCAUUCUUGCCACCCUCAUCACCACCACCACUACCACCCGGAGACAACCUUGGAGCAGGCCAGGUUUGGGUCCAGUCCUCCCAUCCCUCCCAAAGAUGGGGGCCUCUGGUGGACUUCCCCAGUGGUCAGAGGGUCCUGCCCAUCUGUUCCUGAGGGGGAGCGUGUUCCUCAGGCAGCUAGGUGGUUCUCUCCGCAGCCACCCCAAGCUGGAGCCAAUGGCCAGGUGCCUGAUGGAUUCCUCUUUCCUGGGUCCAUGUAUGCUCCUCCGUGGAGACUCGGGGUGCUUGGAGAGGAAGUGCAGGGGCCCCUGCUGGAGGGCUCUGAGCUCCGGGAUGGCCACAGCUGUCCUUCCCAGCUGCUGGCUCCUGUUUCUUUUUCUGGGGCUGCUGGCAGCCGGUUCCUGUGUUGGUUCAGUUGAGUCAGAGAGACACGGAAGCAGGCGGGGUCCGGAGAAGCAAUCUCAGUGGAAUGACUUCCCCACGGAGAAGGGGGUGAGCAGAGGCCCUCUGCCAGCCUCUAAUGACCUGGAAGCCCCUGUUACCGAGAAGCCCCGAAGCAUCGACCCCCGGGAUGCCUGGAUGCUCUUUGUCAGACAGUCCAACAAAGGCGUCAAUGCCAAAAGAAGGAACACUGGGAAAUCGAGAAAGUUCAAGCUUGGCCUCCCUGGGCCUCCUGGACCCCCAGGCCCCCAAGGGCCCCCUGGGCCUUUCAUUCCUCCUGAGGAUUUACUGAAGGAAUUCCAGCUGCUGCUGAAAGGCGCAGUGAAGCACCGGGAGAAGACGGGCCUGAAGACUUGUGAGGACUGUAGGGGUGGGGAAACUGAGGCCGAGGAGGAAGAGAGGGAGGCCGAGGCGGCGGCGGAAGAGGAGGACGUGCUGGCUCUGGUGACCGGGUCCCUGGCGGAGAGCCCCAGACCUCACCGGGUGGAGGCCGCCUUUCACUGCCGGGUGCGAAAGAACGUGUCCAUUGAGCGGCGAUCCCUCCAGGAGCUGCAGCUCUAUUACCUGCCCGGAAAGGAAGGAUCAUUUCACCGAGGUCUGGGGCUGAAUCUCACCAGCGGCCAGUACACAGCCCCCAUCACUGGAUUCUACACCUUUGCGGCUACCCUGUACAUCGUGCACAGUGGGGACCAUCAGAAGAAGGGGCAGCCUCGGUCCCGGGACCGCCUGCGGGUGUUGAUCUGCAUCCAGUCUCUGUGCCAGCGGAAUGUAUCUCUGGAGGCCAUCACUGGCCUGGAGAGCAGCGGUGAACUCUUCACCAUCUCAGUGAAUGGAAUCCUGUACCUACAGGCUGGCCAGUACGCCUCCGUCUUCAUAGACAAUGCUACUGGAUCAUCUCUCACCAUCCGAAGUGGUUCGGAUUUCAGUGCCCUUUUCUUAGGAGUAUGAAUUCCUUGAACCCUUGAGCAACUCCUGCAUCUCUGUCACUCUCAUUUCCACUGUAAACCGAAGUCACAGCAAGAAAGCUUUAUUGGGGAGGAAGCCAAACUCCUUCCAGUAUAGGCGCCACCUAGCCAAAGACUGCCAGACUCUUUGACCUGUAUCCAAGAUGGCAGCCACACCUCAUUCCAGAGAAGUCCUCUACAAGAUGGAGCACUGGGGCUUGAUGGAUUGCUCCAAAGACCAGAAAGGACUGAUCUAUGACGACUGUUUUCCCCUAAUAUGAGGUGUUUGUAUAACAUUUGUCAUGAAAACAAAAAAUCUUGAAUCAACUUCCUGGAAAUGUAGCAUGUAUUGUUUUGUGCUCUGCCUAGGCCUUCGGACUCCUCCAGAGAUAGCCCAUCUUGCCCCGGGAGCUCUCGUAGGUCCUGGCUGUGCUAUCUGCUGGCCAGCUAC